AUGCUUGCCCCUGCCCAGCUGCUCCCCUCGCCCGCCCCGUUGUCCAUCACCCACUCCACGCCCCCACUCGUCCCCCCACGCCCCGUCUUGGAGCGCCUCCACCCUGUCCGCUACAUCAUCCUCGACCACCUCUUUCGCCUACGCCCUAUUGCUGUCCUCCAGCUCUCCAAGUCACACUACCAAAAAUACAUCCCCCAGCUCUACAGCCGGGUGACCAUCACCAAACACCGAGUCGAGCGCUGGGCUGCCUCGGCCUACCAUACCCCCGAAUACUCUCCCUUCAGCGCCCGAGACGCCCUCCGAGCCCAUACAAAGACCCUCCGUCUCUGUAGCUCCAGAGGGCUUCAAUACCUCUCAGCCCUCCUACUCUCCCACGGCGAGAUAUUCUCUUCCGUCGGGUGUCUUCAAAUCUCCCCCAAACUCUUUCCCCGAGGCGCCAACGCCGAUAGCAUCCUCUACUCUAUCCGAACCAUCAUCAACUGUCCCCACAUCAACAUCACCAACAUAGCCCUCCUGCUCGACCCCGAGAACCACAACUCGGCCAAAACAUAUAUUGCCUGCACAUGUAUCGCCGAGAUCGUCAACGCGGGCAAUCUGCCCAUCGAUACGCUUACAAUCCAUAUCCCCAAGAUACCCAUCUGGAAACAGAGCAUCAUGCGGGACUAUGUCAUUGAUAUCGGUUAUUUGGGUCUUGUUUGGGGGUCGAGAAACAGGUUGAGGCUCGUAUUCGACCUGAACGCCAGAGCAUACCCGACAGGCGGCAAUGUCAUCUCCUUCACCUCCGGUAUCCGGUACCUAACCACCGCCCUCGUGCCCAUGCUCGCCCUCCCCCGGUACCGCCAUUUCAAGAUCGAAUUCCUCAUCAACGAUCAAGGCAGACCUGCGGGAGGGGGAGCGCCUGGAGGGGGCUGGUUGGUACCCGAAGCGACGUGGAGGACGAUGCAGGAGAAAGGGCCGGAUACGACUAGGUAUCCGGCGGUCAAGAUGUUUUGGGAGGGAAAUGUGAGGGUGGAGAGGGUUUCGGGGAAGGAGACGAGGGAUGCGCUGGAGUUGCCUUGUUGA